GGCGAGCGGGAGCUGCGUCGGUUCUGUGGCGGGCGAGCGGGCCCCAUGGCAGAGAGCGCGAGGCAGGCUAUCUUCUAACCGCACGAGAGCCGCUUCGGUCGCUAUGCAGAGUGAGGAUCCUCAGGGGGACGAGAGCCACGUGGAGAGCGAGAGCAUGGGCAAGGCCACCGAAGCUAAGAGUGAGCAGCUGGCCGACUUCAGCACGGAAAUAAUGAGCGUCACGGAGAUGGAGCAGUCCCCCGACAACUCUCCCGGGACCCCUCCCCAGGAAGAGAAGCCCCAGGAGAGUGAAGUGGCAGACACAGAGGCCGAAAAGACUGCUGAUCCCGAGCCUUCGUUCCCUCCUGAGUUUGACAAGUUCUGGAAGGUCGUUGAGACAAACCCACAGGAUUUCACAGGCUGGGUCUAUCUCCUGCAGUUUGUAGAACAAGAGAACCACCUACUAGCCGCCAGGAAAGCCUUUGACAGUUUUUUCACACACUACCCGUAUUGUUAUGGCUAUUGGAAAAAAUACGCGGACCUUGAAAAGCGGCACAGCAACAUGAAGCAGUCAGAUGAGGUGUACCGGAGAGGGCUCCAGGCCAUACCUCUCAGCGUUGAUCUCUGGAUCCAUUACAUAAACUUCCUCAAGGAGACUCUGGAUACCAGUGACUCCGAAACUGUUGGGACCAUUCGGGGGACCUACGAGCAUGCUGUGUUAGCCGCAGGAACAGAUUUCCGCUCUGAUAAACUCUGGGAGAUGUAUGUCAACUGGGAAAACGAGGAAGGUAACCUGAAGGCUGUCACAGCCGUCUUUGAACGCAUUCUGGGGAUUCCCACUCAGCUUUACAGCCAUCAUUUCCAAAGGUUCAAAGAGCAUGUCCAGAAUAACCUGCCCCGGGACAUUUUGACCACUGAGCAGUUUGUUCAGCUGCGUCGGGAACUGGCCUCUUCUGCCAACAGCCACAGCGGGGAGGAUCCGCCCCCUGGAGAUGACCUCCCUUCUGGGACAGAAGAUAUAACAGACCCUGCUAAGUUAAUCACUGAAAUAGAAAACAUGCGCCACAGAAUCAUUGAGAUCCACCAGGAAAUGUUCAAUCACAAUGAGCACGAAGUGAGCAAGCGGUGGACCUUCGAAGAAGGAAUAAAACGGCCCUAUUUCCAUGUGAAACCUCUGGAGAAAACCCAGCUGAAGAAUUGGAAGGAGUACUUGGACUUUGAGAUUGAGAACGGGACUCACGAGCGCGUGGUGGUCCUUUUCGAGAGAUGCGUGAUUUCCUGUGCCCUCUAUGAGGAGUUCUGGAUCAAGUAUGCCAAGUACAUGGAGAACCACAGCAUCGAAGGGGUGAGGCACGUCUACAGCCGGGCAUGCACGAUACACCUGUCCAAGAAGCCCAUGGUGCACUUGCUCUGGGCCGCGUUUGAAGAACAGCAAGGGAAUAUCAACGAAGCCAGAAGAAUCCUGAAGACCUUUGAGGAGAACGUUUCUGGACUGGCCAUGAUCCGUCUGCGCAGAGUGAGCUUGGAGCGCCGACACGGGAACCUGGAAGAGGCCGAGCACCUCCUGCAGGAGGCGGUGAGGAACUCCAAGUCGAGCUACGAGGCCUCCUUCUUCGCCGUGAAACUCGCCCGGCACCUUUUCAAAAUCCAGAAGUCCCUCCUGAAGGCCCGUAAAGUGCUCCUGGAGGCCAUCGACAGGGACAGGGAUAACCCCAAACUGUAUCUGAACUUGCUGGAAAUGGAGUACAACGGAGACCUGAAGCAGAACGAAGAGAACAUCAUCGUCUGCUUUGACAAAGCCAUCGGCGGUACAUUGCCGAUCAAGAUGAGGAUUUUGUUUUCUCAACGGAAGGUGGAAUUCCUUGAAGAUUUUGGUCUGGAUGUGAACAAGCUUUUGGGUGCCUACGAAGAGCAUCAGGCCCUCCUGAAGGAGCAAGAUACUUUGAAAAGGAAAGCUGAAAAUGGGUGCGAGGAGCCGGACGAGAAGAGGAGUCACGCCGAGGAGGCAGCUCUCGCAGCAGGGCAGAUGACAGACGGAGACCUGCAAGCCAGCCAGGCGGCCUACAAUUACAACGCCUGGUACCAGUACAACUACCCAAAUGCAUGGAAUUACGGACAAUAUUAUCAGUCCUCUUCGACCUGAGCAGAAGACCGGUGUGUCAGCAGAAAUGGGCCAUGGAAGUAACUUUUUUAAAAAAAAAAACAAUAAGGGAUGUGAACAAAACUUUCUCGUGCUCCUCCUGUCUCCCUUUGCAUGUGCAAUGAGCUGAUGUCCACAGGGUACACGUGGCAAAACUUUUGUGUGUUCAUUGGUAUCUUGCUGUACUCUUAGUUGACCAGAACCUCAACCGUUUCCCACCCCUCCUCAAGUUAUCAAGAAAUUUAUACGGAGAAAUGUGCCGAGUUAAGUGUCCUGUUGGGAAUUUUCAGCAGCAGCAGCUCCCUGACAUUUUUUGAUAAAGCCCCGGUCAAAGUUUGUCCCGGUGGGGAUGGAGAGAGCGACCCCUGGGCUCACGUGUGGCGAAUGAUGCUCUUUUUGAUCUUUCCCCCACAGAGGCCAGGUGCCUACAAACACUUCCAAAAUGUCCCUCCUGUCCCAUAUUUGGUUGUCUGUCAGUUUACAGUGGCCACAACUGAAAGCUGUGAGUUGUUGUUAUUAAUUUUUUUUUUUUUUAAAGAAGGCAUGAAAAGGGGGGAGCUGUGAAAUGCCGGCAGGGCCUCCCUUCGGAUUGAAAUGACUGAAAUGAAGUGUCGCUGAAACCAUGCCGUGUUUGGGGUGGAUUUUUGUAUUGAAUUUUCAUUGUACAAGUUUAGAACUUCGUUUGAUUAAAGUGUCUUUUUUAAUAAAACCAUACUGUGUAC